AUGGCUUGGCUGAAGGCGCUUGCGGCCAUUGUGGCCGUAGCUGCCAGCGCGCACAGCUCGACCGGCGUUAUCGUUACGAAGAACUCCACACCCCGACCAGCGACCACAGCUCCUUCAGUCGUCCAGCAGUCCGUAGCGGCGUCAAUCUCCGGCUCCGGGUCUGUUGCUGAGAUCAUCGAGGCGCUGUCCGCCUCGGCCUCUGCAUCGGGUUCUGGCUCCGUCUCAUUUGCUGAAGUCUUCAACGUUUUUUCCUCCUCUGGAUCGGGAUCAUCCCAGUCCGCGGGCUCAUUUGCUCCGUCAAAGCCGUCGCCUGUGUCGUCGGUGGAGGACGUCUCGGUAUCGGUCGCGUCGGGUUCGUCGUCGAACUACUCAGCGCUGAUCACGGUUGGGUCGGGCCGGUCCUACGAGAUUGCUACUCCACUCACGACCAAGAGCUCCGUCGUGCCGGUGUACCGCAACUGGGUGGGCCCUCGCUCCGUGCAGGUGCAGGGCGACGCCGCGUGCUGGCGUGAAGCUCACAUUAUGAAGAAGUGUCCGAAGGGUUACGACCGCAACGAGAAGACCAACACGUGCUGGGCCGAGUGCCCCAUCGAGUUCCCAGUGGAGUGCGGCAUGGAGUGCAUCCGCCAGAACGACGACUGCGGACGAGAAGUGCUCUACAAGGUCAGCUCUGUGUUCAACGUCGGCAUCAACGGCGUCAUGGACAACUGGUUCGGCAAGUUCUCGGAAAUGGCCAAGGGCGUGCGGACCGCCGUCAUGUGCUCCUGCAUGAUCGUUGGCGAGUUGCGAGCGCUCAACCGCUACAUCCGCUCCAUUAAGGUCGCUGACCCCGAGGCGUCUCAAGACAAGAUCCUGGCAAUGCUCUACCAGUCGAACGCUGUGGUUGUUGAACUGCCUAUUACGAUCAAGUUGUGCUUAGGCGGCAAGGCAACUGGCAACUGGUGGCUGGCGGACCGUAUUAUGGCCACUUCGCAGUUCAUUCUGUCCCAGGUUCUGGCCCACAACGACAGCCUCAUCACUAGCUGGGAGAAGUUCAAGGCCUUCAUGAAGGGAGCCAACUUCACGGCCCCGCCCGAGCAGAUCACCAAGGGCGAGAUCGGAUACCUCAAGGACGCUCUCAGGUCCAACUCGACGUGCGGCCACGACCUGCAAGGCCUCAUGGAGCGCACGUGGUCGACCGUCGAGGCCUUGAGGGAGCAGAACCCCGGUAUUACCAAGGACGAGCUGCGCGUCAAGAUCCAGGACACGGACAUCGUCAAGACGGACAUCGCCACGGUGACCAGCAACUGCAUGGAGCUGCUGAUCUCCCAGUCCGACGAGAAGACGGCCUACACCACGCGCGACAAGCUGCGCAAGACCUUCGGUGUCGUCAUCAACGACCUCAUCACAACGGGCAAGAGCGACAACGGCACGUCCUACAAGGCCAUGGAGUACGCGUACAAGGUGGUGAACCAGGGCCUCAACUUCUGGGUCGUCACGGGCUUCGACAUGAGCGGCGUCUCGAGUUUCAUCUCCGAGUACUUCCAGUCCAUCUGCGGCCCGACGCAGUUCAUGGGCGAGAUCGACGACGGCACGCACCCGGACACGCUGGGGCUCAACAUGAUCCAGAAGGCGUUCAAGAACAGCACCAUGUCCUGGACCAAGAAGGGCGACGGCCAGGUGAUCAUCAACUUCCAGAGCACCGACACCAAGAACGUGACGGUCAACAUUAUGUCUGGAGGCGACAAGAUCGACGAAAUCGACGUCGCUGCCGGUGGGAAAGCCACGUGGAAGUCAACUGUGGAGAAGCUGGGCGGCCGGACGCUGUAUCUGGAUCGCUGGCGUCCUGGUUUCCUGGGUCUUCCUGGCACCGGAGGUGGCUCUUUGAUGCUGUGGGUCCCUCAUGCAGCUGAAGGGGGCCAUUUGGAGCUGAAUACCAAACUAAAUGUUAGUUAG